GUUUCAAUCCCAAAUCCCACCGAUCGACUUGGCAAACCGACUUUAGUCUACGAACGCGUCUCGAACCGAGCGAAUGUCGCUCCGUUCCGCUGUUGAAUAGUAAGAUACAUGUGUGCGUGUUUGUGUAUCUGUGAGUGCGAUGAGAUUGCCGGUUUAAGAUUUGUGCGAUUUCAUUCCUUCUACCUGUGCCUCAGAAGUGCUCCUCUUCGUGUGUCUUUUAUUCGUUCUGAUAUCAAAUUUAUAUACACACCAAUACGAAACGUAUGUAUCUCGAAGAUACCGCGCGGAGCGACUGUAAUCACCAUCGAAUAGCUGUGUAUGCAAAGUAGCAGCAACGAAAGCAACGAACCCAGCGAACUCCGAGAACGAAUUGGAUAAUUUCUUUGCCAAACAACGCAGAAUUUGGCGGAUCUCCAGAGUUUGUACAAGCCAUUUCUACGAACGAGCGGUCAGGCGGCGCUGAAUACGAAAGUAUCUCGCAACCAGCAAGGCUCUUGCGCGCCGAAUUGUAUGCUUUGAGGCGCAAGGGUGCGGCCAAGGUCGUUGGUGGAGUGCAGCCACUCGAUGCCACACAACAACCACAUCAACAACAGACAACCAUGCAGCCCAGUCAACAACAACAACAGCUCGAACAACACAACAACCACAACGCACACACGAGCGACCCGAGUCGCCACUGCGCCCGCUGCACCACCGAACUGGGUCGCAUCACCAACCGUGGCGCCCCCUGUCGCGUCUGCAAGUUGCGCGUGUGCAAAGCCUGUCGCGAAUUCACAUCGCGCACCACGGACUGGGUGUGCGUGGUGUGCCACAAGCAAAUGGAGAUACAAUCGGCCAGCGGCGAGUGGCUGAAGGACGCCUAUGCCCUGGGAUCCUGCAGUGCCGUCGACCAUCUGACCACCAGCGACGUCUUGAGGAAGAGCAUCCGGCGUUCUUGGACCAUAUCGAAUCCCGAGGACGAUCCGAACAAUCCCAACUCACAACAGCCGGUGGCGGACAACCUAUAUCCGCAGCAGCAGCAUCUGAUUGAGGCACAGUCCGCUGGCAGCUACCCCACCCUGCACCAGCACCACCAGCAGCACCACCUGCCCCCGCAGCCGCGACCCACGCACGGCAUCAAUUACGGAAGUGGCACUGCCACGCCCACAACCAGCAGCAAGUGGCAGCUGGGACGGAGGGUCCUGCGUCAGUCGACGCUUCCGAGUAGCCUGAACAACGACCCGGCUCUCAGCGGCAGCGGUGGCAAUCUGGCCAACUACAAUUCAGUGAAUCUAACGGCGCCCACAUCGCCGCAUCAGCUGCAGAAGAGUCCGCUCUACCCGAGCGCCUACAACAGCGACGACGUCAUCCACAUGAACACCAUGCCGGGCAUGGGAGUGGGAGUUGGUGUGACGGUGGGUGACUGCGACAACUACGCGCAGCAGCAGCAGCAGCUGCCGCAGCAACAGCAACAGCAACCCCAACUGGAGGUCACACCCACGCAUCAUCGGCUCCAGGUGCGCCGCCAGUCCACGCUGCCAGCUCAACCAACUCCGGCUAUAUAUAUGUCCACUUCCCCGAACCGGCUGUACAGUCGCUCCCCGGAAAGAUCGCCGGGUGAGCAGCAGCGCUAUCCGCCCUUCAUGAGGCAGACCUCGUUCCCAGAACCGCCCAGCACUUAUCAUCGCACCAAGUUGCUGCCCAGCACGGGAGCACCUCCGCCGACAGUGGCGCCACCACCCCUGAAUUACGAAUCACAAGCGUCCAGCUUGGCCAGCGACGAGCAGGAUGUGGGACCCAUGCCCAAGCCGAGAAUGACGCGGCAGGCAACUCUACCAAAUCCCGAUCAGCAUGUCAAGCUACUGCCCACAUCUCCGCCAAAGCGACAGACUUCCCCGCAAUUUCGACGUUCUCCGGAAUUCAUGCGUCAGCAAACUCUGCCAAAUCCGGAAGCCUUUAGCAGUGGAAACACACUCACAGUGCACUCUACUCCUCCUGCAAAAUUCAUGCCCAUUUCGCCGAGGGCCAAACAGAAUUUCCUCUUCCCAAGUGUUCCGAAUCCCCGGCAAUUUCUCUCGCAGCCACAUGUGCCCGCCGUGGGUGGCACCGAGUUGGGAAGCGGAGGCAGUGUGGCCAGCACCGGCGGUGUCGGCGGUGGUGAGCACUAUUCCAGUAGUCAGAGUGUGAACAUCCAUCACUCCCGUGAUCCGCAUUCCAAGAUGAUCAAGGUGCGCAGCCACAGCAACGAGGAGUACUCGAAUACCAAGGGACACCCGGAGAACCGAAGAUUGCUGCCGGAGAUCCCAACGGCUGUGCAGCGGCCCGGUGGUCGAUCACCCAGUCGCCUGGUGCGCCAGGAUUGCCUGAAGGAGGAAAGAACUUUCGGGGAGGCCAAGCAGCAGUUCCAUCAGUUUCCCGAUGUCACUGAGGAGCUGGAUAAUCGUCCGGAGUACGUGGAUUACUUUGGUGACAGUGCCACCAGUUUCUUGGAGUCCGACGAGGUGCAGUACGAGCGAAACUAUAAUGCCGGAUUCAGCAGUGAGCCGCGCAUCAUCUACAACAAUGGAUCGGAUGAUGGAAGCUACCAGAACUCGUCCCAGAGACCGAUUUACAGUGCCGAGAAUGUCCUGGCUGAUUCGGGUUACGGGGGAGGAGCGGGCGUGGGACUGGGCGCCAGUGGCGGUUCAGGUGGAGUGCCCGGCUAUUAUCCCGACAUGGGAACUCCGCAGGGCUUCUAUGGCGGAGCUGCUUUACCCCGUACUCCUCUAAUGCACAAUCGCCUGCGGCGGCGGCAAUCCAGGGAACUGCAGAUGCAGCAGGAGGAACUGGCCCAGCUCUCACAGGUCUCGGAUGCGAAUGGCAAAGGUUCUGGCAGUGAAGGCGCCUCCAGCAGUGGAGGUGCCACCGAUAGCCAUGCUACCGAGAGACGAAAGCCUGAGCAGAUGCGCUCUGUUUCAGAGGACUCUGGAGCGAAGACCACACCCAAGCCCGUCACACGGCGAUCCUUCUCGCAUCCCGAAAAGGACACUCAGCCCACAAAGAAAGCGGAGGUAUCGAAAAUACCCAGCCCUCGUCCUCUGGCCGACAUCCUGGAUAAAACGCGGGGCAACUCGAAGAUUCCGCAGGCGAGGCGCCGCAAUAGCCGCACUGGGAUCGGCGAGGCUGAGGAGGGUAGCACGCCCCAGCACAUUUACUCCUUCCAUCAACAGCUUAUGCAUAGAAACUCUGAUUUAGCCAUGCGCCUGAAAAAAACAGAAAUUCCUGUCGCCUCAGUAGCAUCCACAGGGCAGGACGAGGAGAAGCCCCCAGGGGAAUCCGGGCAAGGAUCCGGAGCGGAGCAGCCGCUCAAUGGCAAGUCCCUCGAGUCCUCGGCCAACAAGGAGGGCGGCGAUCCGCACAGCUCGGCGGAAGCCACCCACACCAGCACUUUGGGCGAGCAGGAGCUGCAGAAUGCAGUGGAGGCCGCGGCGGUUGUCUUCAAGAAGGUCGUGCUGCAACGUCGCAAGGAGAAGGAGAAGGCCGCCGAAGAAGGCAAUGGGCAGCAGCUGUCCGUGGUUUCCGUUGAUAUCGGUGGACUUGGAGGUGGGGGCGAUGCCAUGGAAACCUCGUCGUCAUCGGAGCUGGACUUCAGGUGUUCCACUCAACACGGACGCCAGCAGCAGCAGUCGCAAUACAGCGUUGAAGCGGACGAGUUCAAGCUCGUCUUUCUCAACUCGGAUUCAUCAUCGUCCUGCCACGGCGAAGAGGAGGAGGAGGAGGACGGGGAAGACGGGGAGGACGGAGAGGAGGAUGACACGGACUCGUCCUGCUCCACGCACCACUGUCACAGCAUUGUGAGCAAUGUGGAGGACUGCGAUUGGGAUUACUUUGAGCCCUCCAUGAUCUCCACGACCACGACCACGACCACUACCAUGAUUGCCUAUACCACGGCCCGAGCCACGCCCACUCCACCGCCGCGAGUGAGGCGUCAGUCGAGCGAUAGCGAUUCUCCCCAGGUGCAAAGACGAGCCCAGCAGCCCAGGAGCAGCUAUUGUCCCAGGAUCAGGGAGAGUGACACCGGCACCGAUGAGGAGUUUGUGCUGCACACCGAAAGCAGUUCGCAGACCAGCUCCGAUCAAACACCACCACCCGUGCCACCACCCCCACAUCCGCUCAGCAUGAAGACCCGGAUUAAGACGCGAUUCCUGAAGAAUCACCACCACCAUAGCCACAACCGAUGCAGCUGCAAUCCCGGCCAGCAGCAGCAGCAGCAGCAACCGCAGUACGUGCCCAUUCCCGUGCCGGUGCCCAUACCAGUGCCCAUGGCUGCCUAUCCCAACUGGCCAGAGGUGUCGCCCAAUCCACUCCUGGAACAGGACGAGCAGCUGGCCGCCAGUCUGCAGCAACUGUGGAAGGCGGCCGGUCACCAACAGCAAUUUGCCGCCAUAGUUGCCGCCUAUUCGCAGCAGUUUGCGGCGGCCAGUGGCAACAUGUUCGAUGCAACGCCGCCGGUGACCAGCAAGAGCUACCAACAACUGCCCACCACUCCGCCGCCAAUGCCGCAGCGCUUGCGCGGACUGGGUGGCUUCAAGUCCUCGGCACCGGAGCUGAGUGCCUCGCUGGGAUCACUGAUGACGCAGUCCCUCUGCUCCACCAUAUCCUCCUCCUCGUCCUCGAGCACCUCGGGCUAUGGAACGGCGGGCCGGAGCCUGGAAACGCUGGCCAGUCCAAUGCGAGCUGCCAACUCGCUGCAGCAGCAGCAGCACCAGCAGCAGCAGCAGCAAUACCCAGAGCAACAUCAACAAAUGGCCAGCAGUGCUUUCAAGCCAAAGCCAACAAGUUUAGUAGCCUCGCGUUCGCCGACGGGUGAGCAACCAGAAACGAGCAACGCGCGUCGCGGCAGCAGCAGCAGCAGCAACAGCGAGAGCGACGACGGCGCCACUAACAGCAACAACGCAACGCCCACAACGGGCAGAUUGUGUAAUGUUUAUGAUAAAACCGGCACAGUGCCAGUGCCAGUGCCUCAGUGCGUUCAGGCACAUGUUGCCAGUGUAGAUAAGAGCGCCGCGACAGCAGCAAUAUCAACAAAAGAAGCGGCAGCAGCAACAGCAACAGCGACAUCCACAAAGGGAGCCGCUCUGAGAGUGGCCAGCAAAUACCAGAGCCGAAAUCUAUGCGAAACCCAGCCAGGGGCAACAACACAAACCUACCUGGCCAGUAAAAACAGCCACGAAGAAGUGGAAGCAGCAGACGAAACGAAUAUACAUAAAAAUCAAGUACCACCACCAGCAACAACAGCAACAGCAACAACAGCAAGAGCACAAAUACAAACAGCAACUAGAGCUGCGGCUCCUGCGAUAAUAACUCGUUUCGGCGGACUUGCAGUCGAAAAUGCUGUUGGAAAUGUGGCUGAAAGUGCCAGUGCCAGUCCCAUUCCCAUUCCCAUUCCCAAGCCCAAACCCAGAGCCCAGCACCCAGAGCAGAUAGAUCAGCAGCGCGCGACGGCGGAGACUGCCAAGAAUUUGUCCUCCAAUCGACUUAUAGAGAACAACAUCAAGAUGUCCGAUGAGGCAUCACCAUCGACAGCGGCGCAUCUGCAGAGCGAGAGCUACGCGGCCAGCAGUCCCGACGAGGCCAGCAGCACCAGCAGUCAGGAUGCGGAUCAGGACAGGGAUCGCGAGGUGGCGGAGCAGGAGCAGGCGGAGCACAAGCCCCGUAGGACCACGCAAAGAAGCUACAAUGUUGCGGGAGUGAUGGAGGAGCAGCAGCUGGGAGCGGUGGAGGCAGUGGAGCAGCGCCACCACAGCACCACCAGCGAUUCCAGCUCCAGCAGCAGCUCAAACUCCAGCUCCAGCUCGGAGUCUUGUGACUCGGAUGAUACGGGAACGGUGCGCGAUCGCAGGCCCAAGAGGAGGAGGUUCAACAAGGUGUUCGUCGUGAAUCGACAGCCCGGUGGCCGGGUGAGACGCAGUUCCUCCACCGAGGGGGAUUCACUGUCUUCCUCGGAGGCCAAUUUGGAGGACUCCUCCGACAAUGAUACAGACACCGAGCGCACGGAUUGUGGCAUUGUGCUUAACUACGUGAAACCGCUAGAGGAGGAGCCCAAGAAGGCGGAGGAGGCGCCGCCAGCUGCACGUGAUUGCCAAUCAAGUGACGAAGACAACAUCAACGAUGAUGAUGAUGAUGAAAGUGAACGCCGUGUUGCCAACUCAAGCGAUGAGCUGGCCAACUGCAUUGUAGUGGUGGGCGGGCAGACGGACGACGCCGCCGCCGGCGUGGUGCUGCACCACAUGCGAUCGCUGCCAGACGUCGAGUUCGACGGGGAGCAAUCAGAGCGCCGCCAAGCGCAGGCGAUAGACGCCAGCGAUGCCCUGGCCGCCUGCGAUGAGCUGCACAGCAUCUCGAACGAUGUCAAUCGCUUGCUGGCGCUGCACAAGCAGAACUCCCAGCUGGAGCUCAAGCUCCAACGCCUGCGCCAGGGAGUGGCCGAAAUCAAUGAGGAUCUGCAGCUGUCCACCACGAGCACGGGUACGGGCACGGGCACGGACACGGGCACUGAUGUGGCUGCCACCCACUGUACAGCGCAGCCAGGUAGCGCCGGGAAACCCGACGAAUGCAGCAGCCCUUCUUCUCGGAAAAGCCCCUCGACCGUGCUAAAUUCUAAUGACGUUGGCCCGGCGCGGCUCACCUGCUUGCGGCAGGUAGAGGCAACCAGCGCCGAUGGCAAACUGCUGGAUGAGCGGAAUGGCCGAACAGCUGAGCAAACCGAGGAGAGGGUCGUCACAUGCAGCCAAGCAUGCAAAAUAAGCGACAACAGUGACUACUCGCUGGAUUCACUCUCGGCAACUUCGGCGAGUUUGUUGGCACCUGAGCGGCAGCAGUCGCUCCAGCAGGUAGAAGAGAGCGCUCGCUUACCUGGCGCCGCUCGCGAGCAGCGAUAUCGCCGCGGAGCGAAUUGGGAGUCGGCGGAGUCGCCAGUCGAAAAUGAAAUGUUAAACGUUGCGGUCGCUUCACGUGCUGCGCUCCUCGGCGGCAAUAACAACAACAGAAACGAUAAUAGCAAUAACGAAAACACUAACAACAACGACAGCGCCAGCGAACUUGGCCAUAAUAAUAAUGACGCUUUCGCAGCACAAAAGACGAGAAAUAGCGGCUCGAGUGUUGUUGUCGGCCGCGGUAUUAGUGACGUAGUGAGUGUGAAUUCAAAUGUGAGCGGUGAAAACGAGUGUGACUUCGACAAAAUAUUUGGUAGUCAUCAGCAAAACACUCCAAGUGCAGCAGCAGCAGCAGCAGUUGCAACAGCAGCGGCAGCAGCGACAUCUGACACACCUGCAACAACGCCCAGGGAACUGGCUUCGCCCAAAAAUUCACUUUCAGCCAAGUAUCGCAGUUUGGUCAUGAUCACCAAAGACAAUGAAAGUGCAGCUGGCGAUUACGAAAUGGCAAACAGCAGCAGCAGCAGCAACAACAGCAGCAACAAAGGCCCGAACAGCAGCAACAACAGCCACACUUUUGGCCAGAACUUUGCGGGUGACUCAUUUCGCGCCAUGGAGCCAACGGAACUCGUGAGCAGCGAUCGCGAAGCGUACAGUGUGGACUCGCUAAACGAACCGCCGCCUGCUGUGCCGGAACCCAGUGUGGAGGACGGCCUGGCGGAUGACGACUCCUGGGUGGAGGAACUGAGUCAGCGAGGCGAGGAUGAGGACGAGGAGCUGAGCAACGCCACCACCACACCCACGGCCACAGACUCCGAGGAUGCGGAGGGAGAAAGUGAGGGAGCCCGGCGACAUGGCUAUAUGGAUCGGGAGGAGGAGCUGAGGGGAUACAAUAGGUCCGCCAUUGACUUCACCCUGCACACCAUCGUCGAGGAGAGCUGCGAGGAGAGCGAGGUGGCCUCCAUGCGGGCGGACAACGAAGACGCCGAGCUGGAGGAUGAGGAUAUAGCCGAACGGAGGAGGCAGCGCACCUUGCAGCACCACCACCGACUAAGUGCCUCUGAACUGGAGAAGUACUUCUUCUUUGGCCUGGGAGAUGGUCGAGUAAUGAGUUCCAUUGAUACACGCGGAGAUGACACUGCAUCCGAAGUGAGUUCCGAGUGCUCCGAGAGUCUUGACUCCCUGCCACAUGAGGAUCAGCUGUUGGAUACCAGUGGAGCUUCCGAUCUGGCCUCUUCCCGGCUGGAAAAGUACUUCCUCUCCGGCUUCAUGGGAUUCAGUGGUGCAGAAAAGCAGGCGGAGAGCGAUGAGAGCGGCGGUAGUGUAGGCAGCGACAGUGAAGGGCAACCGAGUCCCAGUCAGCGGAGAAAGCGGCUGGUUAGAGCCAGGGGAACACCUAGAAGUCACAACUCAUCGUUGGAUAAUUUGCUCCUGCCAGAAUCAGACACCCUGGAUGCCACAGUUACAUCUGCGGGAGCAGCAGCUGCAGCCACUGUGGAGGACACCUCGGAAUCGGAGGCGGGCUGCGACGACACUGUGAUCCAUUUGGCCAAUGCCGGAGCUUCGGACGGUUCCUCCUCGGACACCAUUAAGCGCAAGAAGCAACUGCGCAAGCGUCACGACUCUCUGGACGAAAAGAAGCUACACGAUCUGGAGCCUUCCGAGUGCCGGACACCCACUCCGGGCAGCAGUGGUCAAGUGCAGAUGCAGUCGCAGGCGAAAAAGCAACAACAGCAGCACCACCACAGCCGGGACAGUGGUUUUGUGGGCAGCAACGAUGAUCUCCUGAAGGCGGCGCCAGAUUGUGAGCCACCCAAGAGCCCCACGCCAGCUCUGGAGCAAAUCAGUGAGGAUCGGGAGCCGGUCCACAGCCAGAUUAGUCUGGCCAAGAUGGAUCAGCCCAGCACUUCAGCAGCUGCAGCGCUAGCCAGCACAUUUUCCAGCCAACUGAAAAAUCUUGCCCUGCCCAAUCUGGUGCGAAAAGAUAGCUUCAACAACUGGAGCUCCGACGAGGAGACCAACCUGAUGAUGAGCAAGAUGCGGCAGUUCUUUAAGAACCUUAUCGUGGCCACCGCCAAUGCACAGCAGAGCAAGCCCACCACGCCCAAUCAAGGGGCGAGCACCAGUAAUGCCAGCACCACACCCAGUUCCCAGCGCAGAUUGGCCAAAUCCCGCCCAGCGCAGUUGGCCUACUUCGAGAACGAGCUGACCCGACUGAUGAAGACCGUGCCGGGCAUCAAUGAUGAGCAGGUGCGCGAAAUAGUGGAGUACCUGAGCAGUGAGGAUACGUGGUCUGAUUCCUACGAUUCCUCGGACUACACGAGCUCCGACCUGGAGGGCGGUGAACGGAAGGGCCAACUAAAGGCCCAGAUCUCCGCCAGCUGUCAGCAGAUCAUCAACAAGUUUGAGAUUGACGAGGAGGGUGAUCGUGGCGAUGGUGGACUGCUGGACGAGAGCCAAAGUGUGCCCAUGGAGGCCUUGGUGUAUCAGAAAUUGGUGGCUUCCUUUAGCAAAGUGGCAGCGGGUGGAGAACCUGAAACAGAAGCCACCAAAGCGGUGGAGGAAACAGAACCGUCCACGGAAAGAUCUCCGCAACUGUUUGCCAAGGUGAUGCAGCAUAUUGGUACCAGACUGGUAGCUCUGAUGCACGAAGUGAGCAGUGGCAAUGAAACACCCACUCCAUCGCCACAAGGACAGCGGCACCAUCGAAGACUGCAGGCCAAGAUCUCGGCCACCACGACGGAGGAUGAGGAAGAUGAGGUGGAGGAGCAACUGAGAGCCAUGCCCAUCAAGCAGCUGAAGCUGCGAAGCAGGUCCCAUGAUCUCCUGCUGGACGGCACCGCGCCGCACGCGCACCACCUGCACCACCAGGCCACCGUGCAUUACCCGGCCGGCGGAGUGGGAUCGGGAGCAGGAGGAUCCGGCGGACCCGGGCACUCGGACAACGCUGGGGAGGAGUGCGGCGUGGCCAGCGACUACGAGCGCUUCUCGUGGCGCGGCAGUUUUGAGUCGGCAUUACUGGCUAAUGGCGACAGCAGAACGAGGCUCAGCCAGCUGAGCCAACUGGACAGGGAUAACUCGUCGUCUGCGUCCGCUUUGGCUGUGGCAAAGCGCCGAUCGGCAGGCGACCUUCUCUUCAGCCAGCACCAGCAGAGCCUGAGCCGCGAGCAAUUGGACCGCGUUCGAUCCUGCGGCAGCAUUGGAGGCGGCGAUGCCCAUCACCACCAGUUGGAGUCCUCGCCGGCCAAGCCGUGGCUCUCCUCCGCGGGAUCUUCGAUUGGCGGUGAUUCUACAAAGGAUGUGCGGCGUUCCAGUGUACCGGAUGCCAUUUACGAGACGGACUCCAGCGAUGAGGCAGCCUCGCAUCAGUUUGGCGGCGCCAGAUCCACGUUGCCGCGCAGUCUGAAUCCCAACCAGGUGGUGGCCAGCACGAAUUCACUACCCCGCUUACCCACCACCGGUGUUGGUGCGCCCAUAACCAGCACACCCAAGACAAAGUCUCAGAGCGCCCUCAACCACACGCCCUCCAAUUUGUCCACCGUUUCGGCCACUGGCAGUGCCAAGAGUGCGCGGUAUCGCUCGCCGGGAUUGGCGGCACGAGCAGCGGCCGUCAGUGGGGCAGGAGGUGGCUCAAGUGCUGGUGGUGGUGGUGCUGUUGGUGUGGGGGCCAGCAGUGGUUCCACGGGCAAAAAACUAGGCGCGGGCUUCCAGUUCCUCUACUCCAAACGCGAUGCGCGCAAACGUCUCAACAUGUCAGCUGAGGAAGCCAAAGUGGCCGCCGAGGAACUGUCACGAUCGCCGGUAAUUGGACAACGGCAGGCAGAUGGAUCGGGCAGUCCCAUCCAGUCGCGUGCCUCCAGCGAAACGUGGCCCACUCAGUCGGAUGAGGACAUCGAUCGGCUGGUGGCCAUGCAUCAGAACCGCAGCAGUCUCAGCUCGCUGGGGGUUCGAUCGGAAUCAAUGGCCAGCGUUUACUCGGGCGCCGGAGAAGGUCGCUAUGGCACCGUGGUGGUCAAGGGCCAAGUGGAGUUCGCCAUGCAGUACAACUACAAGCUGAGUGCUUUGGAAAUCCACGUGGUGCGCUGCAAGGACUUGGCUGCCGUGGAUGCCAAACGCAAUCGCAGCGAUCCCUAUGUGAAGGUCUAUCUACUGCCCGACAAAUCGAAGGCUGGCAAGCGCAAAACCAAAGUCAAGAAGCACACGCUGAAUCCCAUCUUCGACGAGACGAUGCGCUUCCACACACCCAUUUCCAGCUUGGAGUCACGAACAUUGUGGCUCACCGUCUGGCACUCGGAUAUGUUUGGGCGUAAUGACUUCCUGGGCGAAGUCAGUGUCAAUUUGCAGGGACGCCUCUUCGACAAUCCCCAGUCGCAGUGGUACCUCCUCCAAGAACGCAGCGAACCCUUCGACGAGGUGGCUACCUACCGGGGCGACAUAGUAGUGGGCCUGAAGUACAUUCCCCCAGAGAACAUCAAAUCCUCGUUCUUCUCGCGCGGCUCCUCUAUAACAGGCAGCUCCUCCAAUUUGCGCAAGUUUGGAGGCAGCAUCAAGUCGGUGGCCUCCAAAUCAGAGCGCACUUCAAAGGGCGGCCAGCUGCAUGUGCUGGUCAAGGAGGCCAAGCACCUGAGUCCCAUCAAGGCAAACGGCACCUGCGACGCCUUCUGCAAGAGUUAUUUGUUGCCCGAUCGGACGAGGAGCUCCAAGCAAAAGACGCCGGUAGUGAAGCGCACCUUGCAUCCCAGCUGGAACUACACAUUUGUUUACGAGGAUGUUUCCCUGGAGGAAUUGUCGGAACGCGCCUUGGAGCUAACCGUCUGGGAUCACGAUCGCCUGGCCAGCAAUGAGUUUGUUGGCGGCAUUCGCUUCUCGUUGGGAACCGGUCGCAGUUAUGGUAGACAGGUGGAAUGGAUGGAUGCCACUGGAAAGGAGCUCUCCCUGUGGCAAAACAUGUUGGAUCGGCCGAACUUCUGGGUGGAGGGCAGCUUGGUGCUGCGUUCCAGUUUGGAUGGCAUUCGGGCCAAUUUGCCAUAGGCCAAAGUAGUUUAGGACCAGGACAAACCACAAAAUCGCAGUUAGAAUUGCCAAUGGCAUCCUGCAUUGCAUUGUAUUGUAUUAAUUAUGCGAUAAUUAUCAAUUAACGAUCACGUCGACUCUGAGAAGCAUUACUAGCGGAAUAAGAAAACAAACGAUUGCAACCUUCACAAUUUAGUGUUAAGAGUGUGGAAUGAUGAAUACUGUAUUUCUGAAUACUCGAAUACGUCGGAAAAUGACGCGAUGACGCAAUGACGCUGCAAGUACCGCAGAAACGGAAAAGCAAAAAACAAAGUAAUCAAGGCAAGAGAAACUAAGCAAAAACCUUAUCAAGCUUAUGGCACUAAUUGUAAGCGCAAUUCUCAGCUAUUCGAUGAAGAUAAAAGUUAAAAAACUAUAAAGCGAAACGAUGCGGUCUCAAGGUUGGACCGUCUAUAUAGUAAGACAGUUUGUAUGUGUGUGUUUUUUCCACCUCUCCCCUCUGAGAGGCAAUCGCAAUUGGCAUACUAUAUGCGCUAAACUACGAUAAAACUACAGAUAAACACUACAGUUAAACCCUAGUUAAAUCGAGGCAUAAGCUUACUAUGUAUAACUAUCCAUAAUACCCGAAAAAUACAAAUAACAUUUUUGUAAAUUCAACAUUUUUGGUUUGUUUCCAUUCUUUCGUUUCGUAGACCUUAAGCGAGCUGCAUUCUAAGCUAUAUGCAUAUAUCUAUCCUGACUUCAUACAUAUCGUGAACAUUGUGCAAAUCCAGCUAAGCUUCAUGCCACUAACUACCUGCAAAAGGUAUAGACCCACCAUAGCAAUCAAUGAAUCAAUCAAUUCCCAUAGCAGCCAAAUAUUUCACCACCCUCCAAAUCUGAUUUUUGUGGACUUAUAUAGGCAUAUACAUAUAUGAAUAGC